AUGAAGCCACAUAUUGGCCAGCUUUUUCAUACCUUGGAUGAUGCCACAGUCUUCUAUAAUAAAUAUGCACGGCAGGUAGGGUUUGACACCCGUAAACAUGGAUCUAAAAGGGUUGGAGAUCUGGUUACAUGGCUAUACGUUGUGUGUAGUAGAGAAGGUGAGAAGCGAGUGAAUUAUAAACAGCCUGAGACUAAGCUUAGGCGUUCUUCUAGAAAGUGUCUUUGUAAGGAUAAAGUUGCUUUUAAGUUUUGUAAGGGUACUGGUUAUGUUGCUAAACAAUUUGAAGAGCGACAUAAUCACGAUAUGGUUCAAUUACAUCAUAAGCGAUUUAUGAGGCUCAAUCGCAAUAUCGACCUAGUGCAUCAGAAAUUCAUAGCAGAUUGCGCAAAUGCAAAUAUCGGUUCCACGUUGACUUUUAGUCUGCUUAGUGAGGUCUUAGGUGGUUUGGAUUACGUCGGAUGCACCAUUGUCGGGGUUCGCAACUAUAGACGUGAUCUAAGAGCAUAUGUGGAUGGUGCUGAUGCACAAAUGGUAUUGAAUGAUCUGAAGCGGAAGAAGGAGGUAUGUUCGUCGUUCACCUACGACUUUGAGGUAAACUCUAAGGGCUGGCUUACACGUCUUUUCUGGUGUGAUCCUAUUGCCAAGCACAAUUGUAUGAUUUUUGCACCAUUCACGGGCAAAGACAAUCAUGGAAGACCCGUUACAUUUGGUGCAGGAUUGUUAUCGAAAGAGAAUGCUCAUUCUUUCGAAUGGUUGUUCGAAAGGUUUGUUAAAUGCAUGGGCGCUGCUCCCAAAUUGAUCAUUACAGAAAAGGAUUUGGGAAUGAAGGUGGCUGUCGAUAGUGUUCUAGUUGAUACAUGA